CGAAUAAAAAAAAUCCCCGACUAGAAUGGCUCUUCUAAUUUCCUAAAUGCAGCUAAACGACAUUUCUUGUGCUGUGUAUUGUAAAAAGACAAAGCCCUUUUAAUGUCAGGUUUAGCCACACGCUCAAGGGGGCUAAGCUUCAAGCUAAUUCGUACGAAGUCAGUUUGUUUACUAUAACAAAACAAUUUUUGUUAUCACGGGGUGAUGGGAUGACCCAUUGCAGCAAACCGGAAAUUGCAGUGAUUAGCAGUUUUACAGCAACAGCAUGUCCUGUGUCUCCUCACAAUGGGUCGAUGACACAUCAAUCAUUAAAGAAGCUCAGUUACACAAUUAUUGACAGUUGAUGAUGUACAAGUAAUCUACAAAAGACCAUCGCGAUCUCUUCACUCUUCAUUCGUGAUCUUCAUUUCACAGCUUCAACACGGCUUUAGUACAAGCCAGGAUGUCUCGUUCAAGCUCGCUAGUAGCUGUGUUCCUACUCGCUUUUAUCCCGUGCUUGGUGUUCUCUGCAGAGAUUCCAAAUCUUCAACCCGGCGAUGAAGCUCCCUCAUUUGUACUACAAGCAAAAGACGUCCGAAUCAGAAGCAAUGACAUUCUUCUCAAGUAUAGAACAGGCAACGAUUCCAACAUUCAUGGACCCAUCGUCUUCCUGGCUUACACAAAUCGUUCAGGAUUCCUAGAACGUCUUGUGUCCGAUCCAGAUUGCUUCAAAGAGCUUUUGGAGAACUCCCCUGACAAUACAAACUACGUGUUCCUUUUUUAUGCGGGGUCGUCAUCCACGGUCAGAGGAGCCGCUAGAGGGUUAGCACAGAAGUUCGAAUCAACCAUGCAGGCCUAUUAUUUAAACAGAUUUCGACAGGAUACCAGUAUGGCAAGUCGUGUGCGUAGAUUCCCAUCAUGGCCAAAACCUGUAAAAAAAGAUUUCUUUGAGAGCUGGAUUUCACGGAUGUACUUCGCAACAUUCCCCGUGUCUACCCUAGGGAACUGGAUCCCACGGGUAUUAUCUCAGUGGUACUGCUCCGGUCAUGGGUGUGGCUUUAAUCAGAUCGUCAUUGAAAAUGCUAGAGGUGGAAUUCUUCGCGUGUCGAAGCGUUUAGAUGCACGUUAUGAUUGGCUGCCAUCACCAAGCACGGCACUUGCCAAAUAUGGUCAUCUGUUGGUGCUGUUUGUGGGUGACGCUUGUGAUGGAAACAUACUUAUGAAUGUCAAGGAUGAUUAUCUCGCCCUUGUUUCAAUGGAGGGCGCUAAAUGUUCAUAUUUUACAAAGGUUCAAAACUGCGAGAAAAAUGGCGCCCGUGGAGUUUUGGUAUAUGCUGCUCCGUCCCAGUCUCUAGCAGACAUGAACUGUAACGGUACGGAAUGCAACACACAGCUCAAUAUUCCGGCUUCCAUGAUUCCACAUGACGUCGGAAUAGAAUUGAAAAGUUCGUAUAAUUCGUACGUCCGUUUCCAGACCACACCCUCAGACACUUUUGUAUUUGGAAUUGAUGGAGAAGGGAAGGUGGAAGAAACUGGCUGGUUCUUGUAUCCUUCCAUGCUCUUCUUGGCAUAUCAGGCCCAAUGGUUUAACUACAAAACAGAGCUGCUAAAGAACCUGACGACAGGCGAUGCUAUAGUCAUCAAUGUGUUUAACCACACCGUGAUGCAAGGAGAGAAAGGAAUCACCGCAACGGUUGAUUUGCCGUCCAUUGAUGACCUCCAGCAGUAUGAACACGUGGAACUGGAUUUCUCUUUGUCUUGUCCAGGCUCCAGAGACGACACAUGCGCACAUUGGGAUCACGUGAUACAGUUGUACGUUUGUUGCAACGCUUCCAAUGAGCUUUGUGGCCUGGAACUAGGCAGAUGGAUAACGCCUUUCAGACGACGCAUCGGACACUGGUUGACCCCAGUGAAACCGCUGAUCCCACUGCUACAGUCUGCAGACUCCAGUUCCACAAACAAAUGUAAUUUUACAAUGAAAACAGUUCCUUGGGCGAUGGCCUGGGUUCCAUCACUUAACAUCAGACUUGUUAACAAAGUACAAGUGUCAAACAAAUACAAGACAUUUCAUGCAAUGGACAAGGCUCUGGUGCCAUUUAAACUUCUGCCACUCUUCAGAGGAGGAACGUUUGACAAAAACUACAACAGCAAAUACUCACCCGUUCAUUUCAUUCCUCCAAGAGAUACUGAGAAAGUCAAACUUGUUGCCACAAUAACAGGCCACGGCAGUGACAACAACAACUGUGCAGAGUUCUGUGUCACGUCGCACCACUUCGUAGUCAACAACAAGCAGAAUUUCAGUCGGGUGUUUAAAAACGCAGGCACGGCCAUGGGCUGCGCCGAUCGCGUUCCUGAGGGAGUGGUACCUAAUGAGCAUGGCACGUGGCUGUAUGGGCGGGACGGGUGGUGUGAUGGACAGGAAGUGAUCCCGUGGGUGGUGGACAUAACUGGCGCACUUAGCAAGGCUCCUAACAAUACAAUAGACUAUUUUGGUUGGUUCAACAACACAGACCCCCACCCCACCCGUGACCCUGGACAAAUCAUCAUGUACUCUUACUUAGUGUACUACAAAAGUCUUAAGCCGUGAAGCACGACACUUCGUUGUCACGGGGUAUAAGGAAUACCAUGACUUCAAACCUUUAAAUUCUUUUUAUUACAGCCCCUUCUUUCAUAAUAUAAUCUAGUAUUUUGGUCGCAAAGGAUUCUACCUGGUUAAUCAUUAUCUUCGCGAGGAUUUUAUUUUUGUUGUUAAGAUUCGUUAAAGAUUUGCAGAAACACGUGAAAAUGUAUUCUUAAAAAUACAAGGUCAAUAUUGCAACGGUGUCGCGAAAAAUUUUUCCCGCGAGAUAUUGACCUGGAAAAUUUUGCGAAAAUAAGUUAAAAUACCUUAUGGUAGAUCUAGGCUUAGCGUUAAAUUAAGAGCGACAAAUUUUGCCUUAAUUAAUACUUUAUAUAUGGCUAUUUCAAGAUGGUGGUGUCAAGAUGUUUAGUACCAAAAGUAGUAUAAACAAGGCAUCUCGUAAAAGAGCAAAAUACAUACUAUUGCUAACACGACACUUCCGAGUCAGUCGAACUAGUUUAAAUUUUCUAGAAAAUAAUAUCUCACUCUGGCAAUGCAGUAUCAAUACAGUGUUGCCUAACUCACAACAGUGAAAAAGGCUUGAGAAGUAAAUGUAAGUGGCCACCUUCUUGAGGUGUGCGUGAAAAAAAAAAAUCACUCCAGCCCGGAGGUAAGACAUCCUUUGGUCCUCACAAACAUUAUUUAACGUUGUGUAAGCCAAGAUAUCCUAACAAAAGUUUAUGCUACCUAGAAUAUGUCUGUGUGUUUUGUUGUGGAGAUGGAAAACGCGUGAAGUCAGUGCUUGUCUCAACAUAAAAUAUAUAUAUUAGCUUAGAGUAAACGAUGUUUUCAUAACUUGUUUUAGUGAUAUUACUGAUUUAGCGUAGGUAAAGAUAGCUUAAAGAGGUCACCGUUUAAUCAUGCAAUAACAGUGACAUAAAACAAAUUAAAUAAGUAUCAGGAAAACCGUCAUUAAAAUUAUAUAGAGUUUAUCUUUCUUAAAUUUUUAACCGGUGAGAACAUAUUUCGAGGGAGUUUUUCUUCUUGCAAGGUCAUUAGAAUUAUAUUAUGAACAUGCGAAAGAUAGUUGGGGCUGAGAUUUCAUUUAAACCAGACCGGCAAGUGAGGAGAAACCAAGAGUAUAGUGAACUAGGUGAUAGAGGCAUGAUAUAGCUCGGUACUCUCGGAACCAGCUAAGCCAUGAAAACACUGAUUUGUGCAACUGACUGCUCACUUAAGGAGAUCUGGACAGUUCUUCAGCGCAACUAAAGAACAUAAAAAAAUUACUGUUAACUGUUUAGCCUUUAGUAACUGAAGGUCGCGGAAUACGAAGUUUAAAAUAAUUCUAACGUUUUCAAACAAGAAAAAAUUAAAGAAAAAAUUUCAGAUUUCAGAUUUUUUUAUUUUAAACCAGAACCAAAACCCUCAAGACUUGUUUGAUAACUGGCAUUGUGUUCAUAAUACACCAUAAAUCCAGCUCAGCUAGAACUUUUGUACUCAUACUUGUUUGUGUUUCACAUGUUGAGAUUUAGAGUUGCACUUGGAAAAAAUGACUUACAAAGCAGGCUGUGAAAAUUUUUUAGCUUUUAUAAGACGGUAGAUUUAGUUUUACAGGUUCAUAAAAUGUGACCGCAGGGCGAAAAAUAAAAUGAUUAUCAAAUUUA